AUGAAUUUCUACAGGGAUGCAACAUGGGUGCUAGAAGAUAUUGAGAAGGAGGCUGCAAAAGAGAGGAUUUCGGGCUCUAUGCAGACCCUGGUACUAAAGAGCUGUAAAAGGUAUAAGCUGAAAAGUAACCCAAAGCAUAUUUAUGCAGUUCUCGAUUCGUGUUGGAAAUAUAAACCCUAUUUGGAGAAAGUGAUGAAAAGGGCACGCAUAUUGGAAAAUAUUCCUAAGAAAAAGGGCAAACCGCUCUUUUCAAGUUUAACUUUGUUACUGCUGUGUCAUGACUUGCUAUUGUCCAAACAGAAAAGAAUUCAAAUGGGUAAACAUCCCAUCAAAGACUAUGUUUUGAAGUUCAAGAGCCCAUUGCAUAGCGAACUGGUCAAACUGAAGCUCAAAUUGAAAGUAAGAGACCUAUCCGAGUUGGUUUUAAGUGAGGACAUCACCAAUGAUCUUCCGCCUGUUAGAUGGAUUAGAAUCAAUCCGUUAAAAUGCCAUCCAAAUGGUGAGACUGAGCCGGUGCUAGCCGAAUUGAGAAAGAAAUUCACUUUAAAGGUGGACAAAUGGUCUCAGUUAGUUCCCGGGUCUAUCUACUAUGAUGAAUAUAUACCAAACCUGUUUGGAAUUCAUCCAUCUGACAAAAUUACAGCACAUGAGCUAUAUAAGCAUGGGAAAAUUAUCAUUCAAGAUCGUGCUUCUUGUUUUCCAGCCCACAUCUUGCACCCGGGACCAAGUGACAUUGUAAUAGAUGCCUGCUCUGCCCCAGGUAAUAAGACUACUCACACCGCCUCCUAUAUAUAUCCUGAACCACCAAAAGACAAAACUACUCGAAUAUACGCUUUCGAGAAGGAUCCGGAAAGAGCUAAAAUUUUACAAAAAAUGAUCAAGAUAGCUGGCUGUUCUCCCAACAUUGAUGUCAAUGUGGGUGAUUUUACAAAGCUUGCUACUCCUGAAAAAUGUAAGGGUGCCACUUGUUUUAUUAUAGAUCCAAGUUGCUCCGGUAGUGGUAUAUUUGGUCGUAAGUUUUUUGACUCACUUAAUAGAAGAAGAAUGGAUGAUAAAGAUGGUGACGGUGAUGUUGUGCCGGAUGAGCAAGAGGAGUUCAUAGCAAAGGAAGAACUACAGACGAGGUUAGCGAAGCUGAGCUCAUUCCAGUUCCAGAUGGUGAAGCAUGCAAUGAGUUUCCCAGCGGCUAAAAAAAUAGUGUAUAGCACAUGCUCCAUUCAUGCGGAAGAAAAUGAACGAGUCGUGAUAGACCUUCUUUUAGAUAAGUCCGUUCAAGAAUGGGGUUGGAAAGUGGCACCAAAAAGAAAAGUUAUUCCUUCUUGGCCUAGAAGAGGUAAAAUAGAGGAGUUCGAAGAGGUCUUUAGAGAUGGAGUCACACAUGAUCCUCAACAGCUUGCCGACGGUUGUAUCAGAGCACUACCGAAAAGUGAUGGUGGUAUUGGUUUCUUUGCUGUCUGUUUUGAAAGAAAGUAA